GCGAGAUUCCGCGGUCUCCGGAGGCUUUAUCUCAAGGGCUGCUUGCCCGCCCGGCGGGCAGUGCUUCCUGGUAGGUCCUGGAGACCUUCUCUGUCGCCGCAGCUCUCACCAUGGCUUGGGUCCAGACUGCGCCACAGCAUCUCGGGAAACGUGGGCCCUCGGAACCUUUUUAGUGCCGGAUUGCGGGCCACAGGCAGCCCCACAGCAGCAGGAUAACAGAACCUCUGGAUGGACUCUUCCUGGGAAGCUUUGCUAAUUUGCAGCAGCUGGACCAUGUUCCUCAUUAACAUCUGUCUGUCAGCUUAGUCGUCACAUCAUUUCACCGUGGUGGCAGGGACUCAGCUCGGAAUUCUAUAUAGAAAAAGCAACUGGAUCCCAGUCUUUCAAUGGCUUCAAGACAACCAGAAGUGCCUGCUCUUGAGGCUAGUGGGCCUCUAGGCAAGAUGUCCCUGCCCAUCGGGAUAUACCGCCGGGCACUCAGCUAUGAUGAUACCCUCGAGGACCCUGCACCCAUGACUCCUCCUCCAUCGGACAUGGGCAGUGUCCCCUGGAAGCCAGUGAUUCCAGAGCGCAAGUAUCAGCACCUCGCCAAGGUGGAGGAAGGAGAGGCCAGUCUACCCUCCCCUGCCGUGACGCUGUCAUCAGCCACUGACAGUGUGGACAAGGUCCCAGUGGUGAAGGCUAAGGCUACCCAUGUCAUCAUGAAUUCUCUGAUCACAAAACAGACCCAGGAAAGCAUUCAGCAUUUUGGGCGACAGGCAGGGCUGAGAGAUGCUGGCUACACACCCCACAAGGGCCUCACCACUGAGGAGACCAAGUACCUUCGAGUGGCAGAAGCACUCCACAAACUAAAGCUACAGAGUGGAGAGCUAACAAAAGAAGAGAGGCAGCCUGCAUCAGCCCAGUCCACCCCCAGCACCAGUCCUCACUCUUCACCUAAGCAGAGACCAAGGGGCUGGUUCACUUCUGGUUCUUCGACAGCCUUACCUGCCCCAAAUCCUAGCACCAUGGACUCUGGAAGUGGGGAUAAGGACAGAAACUUGUCAGAUAAGUGGAGUCUCUUUGGACCGAGAUCCCUUCAGAAGUAUGAUUCUGGAAGUUUUGCCACCCAGGCCUACCGAGGAGCCCAGAAGCCCUCUCCAAUGGAACUGAUCCGUGCCCAGACUAACCGAAUGGCUGAAGAUCCAGCAGCCUUGAAGCCACCCAAGAUGGACAUCCCAGUGAUGGAAGGGAAGAAACAGCCACCACGGGCCCAUAAUCUCAAACCUCGUGACUUGAAUGUGCUCACACCCACUGGCUUCUAGAGACCUUUCUCUCCAGGGAUUCUGGUGAAGAGGGUUUCUUGCACGCCACUCCCCUUUUACCUUGAUUCUGACAUAGGAAAGAUAUAUUUAAAAACUGUCAAUCAGCUAGGCGCAGUGGCUCACACCUGUUAUCCCAGCACUUUGAGUGGCCAAGAUAAGUAGAUCACCUGAGGUCAGGAGUUCAAGACCAGCGUGGCCAACACGGUGAAACCCCGUCUCUACUGAAAAAACUAGCUGGGCGUGAUGGUGUGCGCCUGUAGUCCCAGCUACUCGGGAGGCUGAGACACAAGAAUUGCUUGAACCCUAGGAGGUGGAGGUUGCAGUGAGCCAAGAUUAUGCCAUUGCACUCCAGCCUGGGCGACAGAGUGAGAUUCCAUCUCAAAAAAAUAAAAAUAAAAAAUAAAGUAAAAAACCUGUUAAACUGAGGCUAGAGCUGGAGACAUAAUUGGUUUUUGAGAAACUAGUACAAAGCUUGCCCUUGUAUGGAAGAAGCCAUUUUGUAUUGCUUUAAAGUUAGACGAAAUAUUCUCAGCAGUGGUCAAUGGGGACCUCAUUACCCGUUUUUUCAUCAUUUACCCUAGGUAAGAACUUUGAUCACUGCUUACUAGGUAAAGAAUGUAUGUGCUGUUCCAAAGCCCAGGCUUCUUGAUUCCUUUAUCACUAUCCAUGUGAGCAUUGACAAAUCAUAGCGUAGAGUUGCUCACUGAUUCGCUAAGAUGACUCUGGCCCUGUUGAUGGCUGAUGCUGUGCUCCAGUCUUACCAGUUAGGGGACUCAAGAUUUGUUUGGGACCUGGGUACAGGUAAAAGCCAGACUUGGCAGGGAUCCUUCUUUCUAGGCUGAACCUUGAGUCCCCCUGCUUAAUGGAUCACUAUCCUGCAGCCAGUUUUUCAUGUGGGCCCUUUUAGGCACACCUGCGGGAGGUGUGCUCCUCUGUCUAUGCCAUAGGACAAACACCAGUCUACCAGAGCCUUUCUUGCACUUUAAAGUGAGAUUAAUUUAACUCCAAUUUGGUUAAAAACUUGCUAAGAGAGAAAGUUCAGUCUACUGAUUUGGUAUAGGUAAAUGGACAUUAAACUUUUUUAAAGUAAAGGAUAUGGUGGGUACAGUUAGAUUAUAUUCUUGAGGUUCAUGUGAAGCCAGUGGUGUUACCUUAUUUAUUUUGAUUUCCUUGUUCAGGUCAGGGACUGGAAUGUCUUUCGGGGGAGGUGAAUGAAUUCAAAAUUUUCUGUAUGGAAGCAUUUUUCACCAAAAUGAGCCUCAUCUCUUUAUGCAACACAUAACCUUACUGAGGGAGGGAAACAGUGAAACCACCUUUUAAUUCCUCCUCACUGUGUACAAGUUCAGUCAUUGUCUUGAAAACUGUCUCAAAGCCCCGUGUUUUGUUUGGAUAGUACCUUGUCUGUAUAAGAAGCUGACCUUUCCAUAGAGGCCCUAGAGUCUAAUUUAUUUGUGUCUUCUAGUAUGAUCUCGUUGUGACAAUAAAAACCCUUACUACUUUCUCAAA